AUGUUUCUCAAUCAUGGAGGAAUCGGCGGUUCUGUGUUAGUAAGUGGAACGCUGGACGGGGGCGGGGGGGGGGGGUGGGGGGGGGGGGGGGGGGUGGGGGGGGGAGACUCCCAACCUGGCGGAGAGGCGCUUACCUGCAACGUCGUGCCUCGAGAGAUAACGUCAACGGUUACGAAUGCCCUGCUGCGGCCGCUCCUCACGGACUGCGUGAGGACCAACAUGGCGGACGCUGAACUGAUUGUCAAAUCUCUGAGCGUCCAUAGCCUCGGCGGACAUGGACCAGCGCCCAGUUGGAGGCCUUCACACGGCUCAGUAACCAAACGGCGUCAUGGCGGCUCUGGGCCUGAGCUCAAGCAGGGUCCCCCCCCCCCGCGCGUGCUCUCUCGCUUUUUUCUGGAAAAGCCACCGUUCCAAAGUGCGGGAGGCGCAGCUGAACCCGAGCCCUGGGUAGCCGUGCUGGAGGGGCCUAGCUGGAGGGUGGAACGGCCAGGCGGCGCACAGGAAACGCGGGACACGGCGCCCAGCGGCCGUGGCGUUGGUAGAGUUGGAGCUGGGACAAACGGAAGUAGCUCAGAGUUUGUGUGUUUGGAGAUGGACGAGACCAAAGUGAACGCUCUUGAAAGAAAAUGGCCGAAUCAGCCAAAUCAUCCGACCGCAGUCGUUCACCGCUCGCCGCAGAAGUCUGAGGAGCCUGAAGCAAACUGGAAAAAAGACUUUUGA